AUGGGUAUAGAGAUCGAGGCCCCCAAAUGUGACAACUGCGGCUUUAACGACUGUAUCAAGCACAUCACUGAGUACGACGCAUUGUGCUCCAACGCCAUCGCCAGGCAGAAGUACGAAUCUACCGAGGUUUCUGAAGGCGUCCCUUUCUUGCCUACUGUUCUCUCAGUAAAUGUGCCCUUUGGCCUUUUUGAGGAGAUCCGAACCUGCUACACCUGUGGCCCGACUACGAUCACUGCUCCUAUCACCCAGCCUGCCACAGAGCCCCAGAGCGCCCCCUCCAAAGGUCCAAGUGGUAGAGCCGGCCAUUGGCUAGAAUCAAGUCCUGGCCAUGGCUCUGGUCCUAGUUCUGGUUCUAGUUCUGGUUCCAGAUCUGCUGCGAGUGCUAGCAUUUCUCCAAAUCCCAGCUCUUCUUCGGAUGCUGGCUCAUCCUCAAGAUGA